AAUUGAACGACCAGCAGUGUUUCCACUGCCAGAAAAUGAGUAAAAGCGUGAGGAGACGUUUUGAUUAUACAAGAUGCUUGAACCUCUGGAAUACGACGAAGAUUUUGACAGCACGUAUCGUUGUUAUAAGACCCACAGUUAAUCAACAUCUCUAUGUCGAUUAGAUCUUUUUUAAAGUAUUAUGGAACGCUUUCUUGCUAUACCUCAGCAUAUUCUUAGCAGAAGCGUAGCUUUAAGUACUUUGGCAUCAGUAGACAGCUCUCACAACUCAGAUCAAAAUUGCUGCAUGGAAAGAUACUAUACUAGGCAUCCUUCUCGUGCGAUAACAUUGAGCGAAUUUCACCAGAAUAGUUCGGUUUGGACUUACGCUGACUUCGAUGUUCAGGAGUGAGGAGCCUU